AUUUUUUAAAAAAAUCAAGAUCAUUGUCGGCCACACGACACACCUUCAACACUCCCCAAAGUUCAAGGUUUUUUUAACUGUCGAACUCCUUCUACUCGUAUGCUAUAGUAGUUACGGUUACGAUUUUCUCGGGAAAAGCUUUUCUAAUCUUUCCCAAUUCUCCUAAGAAAACAAAAGCCCAGGAACUCAAUCGAUGGCAGUUCCCAAACUAGAACUGAGACUCCUCGGAAACACGGGCCUUAAACUCAGUAGCGUGGGCUUCGGAGCUUCCCCUCUCGGCAGCGUCUUCGGUCCCGUAUCCGAAAGCGACGCUGUCGCCUCCGUCCGCGAAGCCUUCCGCCUCGGCAUCAACUUCUUCGACACCUCCCCGUAUUAUGGAGGGACAUUGUCAGAGAAGAUGCUGGGUAAGGGACUUAAAGCUGUAGGGGUGCCUAGAAAUGAAUAUAUAGUUUCAACAAAAUGUGGGAGAUAUCGUGAAGGUUUUGAUUUCAGUGCUGAGAGAGUAACUAAAAGCAUUGAUGAGAGCUUGGAAAGAUUGCAACUUGAUUAUGUUGAUAUAUUUCAAUGCCAUGACAUCGAAUUCGGCUCUCUUGAUCAGAUUGUGAAUGAGACAAUUCCAGCUCUUCAGAAACUGAAGGAAGCGGGGAAGAUUCGUUUCAUUGGUAUCACGGGAUUGCCUUUGGAAAUUUUUACUUAUGUGCUUGAUAGGGUUCCACCAGGCACAGUUGAUGUGAUUUUGUCAUAUUGCCAUUAUAGCAUUAAUGAUUCAACAUUGGAGGAUUUGAUGCCUUACUUGAAGAACAAAGGUGUUGGUGUAAUAAGUGCAUCUCCACUUGCCAUGGGACUUCUUACUGAGCUUGGUCCACCAGAGUGGCAUCCAGCAUCAUCUGAACUCAAGUCUGCCUGCCAAACUGCUGCUGCCUAUUGUAAAGAGAAAGGGAAGAAUAUUUCAAAGUUAGCUAUGCAGUACAGCUUGUCAAAUAAGGAUAUUUCGUCAGUGCUGGUUGGCAUGAACUCAGUUAAACAGGUUGUAGAGAAUGUCGCAGCUGCUACAGAAGUUGCACUUUUUGGGAAAGAUCAGGAAACUCUAUCCGAGGUCGAAGCAAUCUUGAAACCCGUGAAGAAUCAGACAUGGCCGAGUGGAAUUCAACACAGCUGACCAAUAUCCACCUGUAUUUUAUUUUCAUAUGCAUAUUUCCCCCACAUUAAUUAUUGAUUCACAAUUUGUGAAACGCGUUGAGGAGUGGGGCAACGAUAUUAUUGCUAUGAUACUACUAUUUAGACGACAAAUAAUCUCCAUGCCUACGGGGAUGGAUCCAUUCCAGGUAAUUUCAUACUGUCAGUCUCAAGAGUAUGAUUGAAAUAAUAAUUAUCCUAAUUUGGACUAUUUCCCCCCCUUUCGGCCCGCAAUUCUUCAGUUGUUUUGGUCAUAUAUGCAGUUAUAUUUUAUAUUUCUCCAUAUUAGUUUGGUUGAUCAUAAUCUUUGAGCGCAUGUGUUGGCAAUGACAGUGGGUUAACCCUUCUGUUCCCAUGAAACUAUUUUUAUAUGACAAACAGUUGGCGGAGAUCUUCCAGAGCCCAAGAAGACAUAUAGCAAUUGAUUGGGCAGGGUUUUGUUGUUGGGUUUAGGGCUCUGAUUCUGACCAUACCAACUUGAUCUUUGAAGAAGCCAUGUCCGAAAAAUCUGAAAGAAUUCAUUCUAAAUUCAAAAAUAUUAUAAUUUCGGGAAAAAGGUUAUAGGGGC